UGUUGUGUUUUAGAUCAUUUUUAUUAAGUUUUUCUAUUAUUUAGUGCAGUAUUACACUUGUCUUUGUUGUUUUUCAGGUUUUAGUCAAUAAAUAAAAGGAAAAGAGCAAAUGAAGAAAAUUGGCAGAAAAAUGAUGAAAAAUCGACUUCUUGAUGUUGCUUCCGUGAAAAGAUGAACCCUCAAGAUAUUUUAUGGCUCUGAUGUCCAGCUCCUCUUCAUCAGACAAGUCAGUAAGCGAGUGUACUCCCCAGGAGUUCUUUGAAAGGGUUAAAAGGAUUCUCCCUCACUCCGCUUUAAAUUUGUUCAGUGAGGAAGACUUCUUGAAAAGGUAUAGCCCAAUGGCGAGAGUAAAACAGAUAACUCGACAACCUUUCGAAGAUGAUCCUCAUAUUGCCAGGCACAUCACUCAGGGCUCUUCGCCUGGCUCUUCUCAGUCUCUUCUCAGCAUAGUACUUCCUGUGGCUCUCAGGGCACAUCCCAGCAAAGUCAUUCUUCUCAGCGGAGUCUGCCUAGUCAAUGAGACUCCUUGCAAUGCCCUUUGCAUCAAGAUACCAGUCGGGUUCCCCAUCACUCUUCUUCUCACAGAGAACAUACCGAGGGCUCUCACCACCAGGCUACUCAUCCUUAGGAGCGUUCUAUUCACAGGUUCCCACAGACGCGCUCUACCAUCAAGUCUGGUGCUCUAGUUCCUCUUCGUCCAUACUUCCGGAGCGUGGCAGAUUAUUUUGGUCUAACUUUAUUUUUGAGCUUGAAGUUGUAUGUCAUGAAGUGCUGGACCUUAGGUGAGUUCUUAGCUCUAGGGAUGCGAACAUUGCUUUGAAAGAUGAAGGGAUCAACACUCUCUGCACUACCAUGGAGCUCAAACAGUAGGAAGUGACCGAGUUGACUCUCAGGAUAACACAGAUGGAGGGGAAACUUGCCGAUCAACUCCAGCAGUCUGAAGCUGAGAAAGAGAAGCUGAUUGCAAACAUGGACCGACUGCGGAAGGAUGCUCUUGUCGAGAAGGAGCAAGAGGUCAAGGUUUCCCGGGACAAGGUUCGAGAGGAGUAUUCAGAGACAGCUUUCUCUUGCUUCUACUUGAUCUGGAAAUCCAACAAAGAUUUGAACUUCAAUUUCCUUCCUGAGAAGACGCGAGCGAAUGAGCUUAGGAAGAGUCUGGCUCGUGCAGCUGCCGAGGCUCAAGGUGGUUUUUCAGAUGAUACUCCUCGCCCAAGUUAGUCUUCUUUUGGUCUUUUACUCUGUCUUUCCUUUCAUGCCAUUGGUGGGCCACCUUGUG